AUGGCUGCAAAGGUUCCUCCCGGAGGUGUCUGGUGUCCCGCCGUCACCUUCUUCGACCCGAAUACAGAUGAGCUAGACCUGGAAUCACAGGCAAAAUACUAUGCGUACCUGUCCAAGACCGGGCUAGCUGGUCUUGUCAUCCUCGGCACCAAUGCGGAAGCCUUUCUGCUGACGAGGGAGGAGCGGAAGACGCUCAUUGCCACGGCGCGGAGGGCGAUUGGUCCUGAAUUUCCCAUCAUGGCUGGUGUCGGGGCACACGCCACAAAACAAGUCAUUGAGCACAUCGACGAUGCAGCAGAAGCAGGAGCCAACUGCGUCCUUCUCCUUCCGCCCGCAUACUUUGGCAAAGCGACAACGCCAGCAGUCAUCGAGAAAUUCUACGCGGACGUGUCCAGGCGCAGCAAGCUGCCCAUCGUCAUCUACAACUUUCCGGGGGUCUGCAAUGGUGUCGACCUUUCAUCAGACAUCAUUACCAGGCUUGCCCAGAAGCACGACAACAUCGUCGGGGUUAAGCUCACCUGUGGUUCCGUGGCCAAGAUCACCCGCCUCGCGGCUGCUCUCCCGCCUUCAAAAUUCGCGACUUUCGGCGGCCAGUCCGACUUCAUCAUUGGCGGCUUAAGCUCCGGCUCCGUCGGCUGCAUCGCUGCGUUCGCGAACGUCUUCCCCAAGACAAUUGUCAAGAUCUAUGAUCUCUAUCGACAAGGGAAGUACGACGAGGCAUUGAAGAUCCACCAGACCUGCGCACUCGCCGAGCAGCAGAUCAAGGAGGGAAUCGGUGCGACCAAGUACGCAGCUGCUAUCCGGAGCGCCACUUAUGCCGGUAUCAAGGACGCAGAGAAGAAAUUACAGCCAAGGACACCAUACACCCCACUGGCCGAGACAGCCAAGGUGACGAUUCGAAAAGGGACAGACGAGUGCGCAAAGAUCGAAGAAAGUCUACCACUUGGUGGCUCUGGGCGUUUUGGGCAGAUCAUGAGUCGACUUUAGCACGGCAUCUCGAGUUGUACAGAGCACUUGAA